CUGAGACAUACAAAGUAAAACAACCAUUAAAAGCAUAGGUGAGACAGAAACAGUGGUAAAGUAAAAGCAAUCCAAACCGCAUCAAGUUCCUCUUUCUUUUUGUUUGUGGGUUUUUUUUUUCUAUACACAAAAAAUAAAAGUGAAACUUUACUCAUUAUUCUGGCCCGAGUAAAGUCUGAGUUGAAUGGUUCCCUUGAUGCUUGACACCAGAGCUUUCACUCAAUCAUUUUAGGCACCCGUGGGCUUAGAAAUAAGAGAUAAGAAAUGGGUUUUCAGGGGAGAUACCAGGUUACACAUAACACAUCAGUUUUUCUUUAGCUGAGGUUUUUAGUGUUUGGAAGUUUUCAAGAUUCUCUAUGUUGGGUGUAAGAAAAGGUUUGUAUAUUCUUUUGCAACUUUACCUCUAGGGGGUUUGCGUCCUAUUUUCUUAAAACAAUGCAUUGAGUUCUCGCUGAAAAUGGCUGAAAUUAGAUUUCCUAGGGUAGAGGAAGGCCAAACCAAGAUUAGAAAUGUCCCAAUUGCUGUAACCCCUGAAGGUUUUUGGUGUUGUCCAUCUCCUGUUGUGUUCCAAAAGACUCUCAAAUCUCAAAAUCCUCUAAACAAACCCAAAUCCUCCUCACCACUACCCAAGACUACUGUUCAGAAGAAGCAGAUCCCGCUAACUGAAAAGAAGCUAAUGACCACCCCAAUAAGGUCAGCAGUUAACUUUGAUGAUCAAAGAACUUUUACCCCAGAUAACCCUGGUAUUAGUACACCAAUUGUUCCUGAGAGGACGCCUAGGCCUAAGGUGGAACAUGUGCCUAGGAAGGUGGCAAUUGAGUUUGGUGAACCGGGAACCAGUGAUAUGAAGGUGAUUCUACUUGGAAAGCAAGGGUUUUGUGUGAAAUUGAGUGUCCACAAGAAAGUUCUACUGGAGCAUAGCAGUUUUUUCACUGAUAAACUUUCUGAACAAGAGUCUGGUUUGUCUUGCCUUGAAAUGGAUGACUGCGAGGAUGUUGAAAUUUAUGUUGAAACUGUGGGACUGAUGUACUGCAAAGAAAUGAAGCAGCGAUUAAUCAAACAAAGUGUUUCACGUGUGCUCCGCAUUCUCAAGGUCGCUGAACUACUUGGAUUUAGCUCAUGUAUGCACGCGUGCUUGGAAUACUUGGAAGCAGUUCCUUGGGUUGGCGAAGAGGAAGAAGAAAAGGUGGUCUCUUCAGUUUUGCGCCUCCAGGGUGAACGUAUUGGGGUCACGCCAUUAUUAAAACGCAUAUCUUCUGGUGUCUCUAAUCCCCCAAAUGACACAAUUUCACACAUAAUGGAACUUGUUCUUAAAAGCAAUGAGGAGAGAGGCCGGCGUGAAAUGAAAUCCAUAGUAUUGAAGCUUCUGAGGGAGAAUAAUAGUCUGCCAAGUUAUACCUGUUCAGCUGACAUCUGCAGUGAAACUGUUUAUACAUCUUGCAGAAGCUGCUUGGAUUCACUUUUGUCUCUGUUCAAGCGAGCAGUUGAACCAGAGUUCACUGAUAAUCCCAUAGACAGCAAAGAACCUGUGGUGAAGCAAAUAGCUUUGGAGGCUGAUAAUCUCUUGUGGUUGCUUGAAAUUUUGGCUGACAGGCAAGCAGCAGAUGAAUUUGCAUUAAUGUGGGCUUGCCAGCAAGAGUUAGCAACAUUACAUUCAAAGCUGCACAUUGUGUCUCGUUACCAUGUUAGCUGCAUUACAGCUAGGCUAUUUGUUGGAAUUGGAAAAGGGGAGUUGCUACCUGUGAAGGACAUUCGUCAGUUGUUGCUAAAAACCUGGUUGCAACCAUUGAUCAAUGACUACAGCUGGUUGCAACAUGGCUGUAGGUCAUUUGAUCGGAAAGUUGUGGAGGAAGGUAUCAGUAGGACAAUCCUCACAUUGCCUCUAGAGGAUCAGCAGAGCAUUCUGCUUGCUUGGCUGGGCAGUUUUCUUAAGGCUGGUGACAAUUGCCCAAAUCUUCGGAGGGCAUUCGAGGUCUGGUGGCGCAGAACUUUCAUUAGACCUUAUGCAGAUGCCCAAGGCAAUGUACUCCAGUCAGAUAGCUCAAUGACAUCAAAGCAGUAGACUCAAGAGAUAACAAUACAGUUUAUUAAAAAGCAGUGACAUUGGAGUAUAAUGUCUCUUCUCAUGCUUCAUGCCCAGAAUCAUGCAUUCUUCCUUUUGUGUCCUACACCACAUGCUUCCAUGUUUCUUCGUCGGUUAGCAAAGUAAAUCACUAGGCAUGCAGCAGUAGCUUGGUUUAAGACAUGCCCCAUCCCUGUGUUGUAGCUGCUAGCCUGCCACUACUAAAGAGUUGUUAUGAUUACAGCUUUUUCCUGUUGAAUAUGUUGAUCCCUUGAUCAUAUUCUAGGUUACCAAUCUCUUUACUGAAGCAUGGGGUUCCACUCAAUCUCUUGCAAGCAAGUUGUAUAUAAAAAAAAUCCAUUAUAUUAGGUGACGUCUCCGAGUAUGAUCAAGAAAAUGUUAGAAUUCCACAGAUAAAAUAGUUUAAGAAAGGUGGAGAGAUUCCAUGGAUAUUCUAGCCAGUCCAGCAUCUUUUAUAUAUGCAUGCAAUUCAAGCAACUGUUUCUGUAAAAAAAAAAAAAGCAUAGCUUUGAAUCUCCUUGCCUGCAAGUUUUUACCACACAAUCAUCGGUUAAAAGCCAGAAGGAAAUGCAAGUGGAAUCGAAUACAUUGAAGGAAAGAGACAGAUCAUCCCAAUUUCUUCAAUGAGUACUCCACAGGUUUUAAUACCACAGAAUUGACAUCUAAUCAGGUGAAGAGUGAUUUUAACAAAACAAAUUUUCAAUCAGGAAAGCAAAUUUGCAUCUAUUCUAUCAUUUAUGAUUGUUCAUUCAGCUGUCAGUUUCUAAUUGGAUACAGGUAAGUCAUUUUACAGAUUUUAUUGUAUGUCCUAUAUAUAAUUUGACCAGCUCUACGUACAAUAAAGUAAAGAUCAACACUUAACAAAUGGAUG